AGUUCAACGCAGUGCAACUAAAGAGAACAGGUGUUUAAUCAGAGGUGAUAAGACUGUCAGCUGCUGCCAUCAGCUGCGAUUGCAAAGCGAAAAGAAGAGUGCGAAAUAUAUUCUGCAUUCUGAAAUAACGGCAAGUUGUACUCGCUGACGUGGUGAUGAUCGUGUAGUCAGUGCCACAUUCGCAUAGAAAUCGUGGGCUUUCCGAGACACGCGUGUUGCGAUGUCGCGUACGAAGACGGAGAAAAAUGGGAAUGGCGGCAAGUGCGAGGUUAGCGUAUGGACACGUGCGAUCACGGCGAACUCCGAAUGGCCGGACAAGGAAGAAUUUCUUGAUGUAAUAUAUUGGGCAAGACAAGCGAUCGGUAUUAUUGUCGGUAUAGGAUGGGGCCUUAUACCUUUAAAAGGUUUUAUAGCUCUAUUGUUAUUUGUAGUAGUAAACGCGGGAAUUACAUAUUUAUACUUUAGCAGUUUCCAACAAAUCGAUGAGGAAGAAUUUGGUGGUAUGUGGGAAUUGACGAAGGAAGGAUUUAUGACGUCCUUUGCUGGUUUUUUGGUGACUUGGAUUAUUAUAUACUCCGGUUUACAUUAUGACUGAUUUAUUACAAACCUUGGAUUCAAAGAGCAAUAGCCUUUCAUACAGAUCGAUUGCCGUUGCCAAACUCAUACGUAUGUAAACUUACUCCCUUGCAUAUAUAUACUUGGAUUUCUUACAUAUUGUUACAUACAAAUAUAAUUUAUCUGUAUAAAGAUCUUCUUACCUUCUCA